AACAUACAUAUUUGCUUAUGACACGAGUACUUGAAUAAUUAUCAUAUACUUAUAUGCACUAAUUUAGACGCAUGCGCAUAUGUACAUCGAAAAGUGUACACAACUUAGCUCUUCUCCAAUCUACAAGGCAGACUGACGUAAGAUAUAUAAAUGCUGGACUUUAAAAGUAAAUAGCGAUUGUUUACAAUUUCCAAAAUACCAGUAGAAUGUAUUUAGUUAAUUUUCAAGUUUAAUAAUUAAAUUCAAGAGGACUCGUGUGAUAUAAAGUUCAAGCUAUGGCAGAGCGUGGUGUUUAUUUAACUCAUACGACUUAUGUAAAACCGACAAUAUUUGAGAUAGUUGCCCAAGAAUCACUCUCAUUGACUCUAGAGCAAGUAUUUAAUAAAUUUUAUUCAUUUUUAGUAACAAGUAAUCCAGAUAAAUAUGGAUGGCUCCAUCAAUGGUCCGAUGAAGCUUUUUUACUGUGUAAUGGAGUGGUUCAAUAUUUUUAUUUGAAAAAUUAUUCUGCAUCUUUUGCUGAAACAUUUUAUGGAUUAAAAAGAAUUGCAACUAAUAAUUCACACAUUGAAAAUGAGUUAUCAAGAAAUAAAAAAAUUUUACAUCUUAUCAUCUUAAUUGUUAAUCCUUACAUAAAGUCAAAGUUCCAACAGCACAAGUUGGAUAUUGUUGAUGGAAAAAUUCCGAAUGAAAAAUGGAAAAAAUUAUUGAAGAUUUAUUUUGUAAAAAUUUACAAAAUUAUUCAUUUUAUGUACAAUAUUGCUGAAACAUAUUACUACUUACGAUAUCUAAUAGAUGACCUGAAGAGUCCGACUCCGUUAUUCCAUUUACUGUCAUCAACAUUGACUUACUCCGAUCCAUUUAAAGCUACUUCUUUGAGAGAAUUAUUCAAUAAAUGGAAGGUUGAUAAAAGUGCUAGCGAAGGUGUUGAAUUACUGCAAAGAGGACUCAUGACAACUCUUGAGCUGGGUGCGUUUUUACUUCAAUUCGUCAACUGGUGGAAUCAAGAAAAUUAUCACACUAAUCUUACAUCAUUACCAGUACCUCCAUCGCCUUCAAGUCGAGAAGUUCCUGCGCAGUCCAGAGGAAUAUGUCCAGUUUGUUUAAAAACUUUGAAUGUUCCAACUGCACUUUCUGUGUCAGGAUACGUAUUUUGCUAUCAGUGCAUUUUACCUAUAAUACUGAGCGAUAACAGAUGUCCAGUCACUCAUUAUCCUGCAAAAGAAGACGACUUAAUUAGAAUUUACAAAAAUUAAUUAGUUUAUUAUAUUUAAACUUCAGAUUUAACCUGUAAAAAUAUUUUGUAAAAUAAAUGUAU